AUGGCAUCAUGCGGUUCCGGGAUUGUGAGGAUCAUUUUGUUGGCAUGGCAGGUGAUUAUAUUUGACUGGGACGACACACUGCUGUGCAGCUCUGCCAUCAACGCCCAGCAGUGGAAGCCGGAGCAGCUGGAGCAGCUGGAGCAGAUGGUGGAGUCCAUACUUUUGACCGCGAUGCAGCUUGGUGAGACGAUGAUCGUGACCAAUGGCAAUGCCUCCUGGGUGCAGGACAGUGCCCGCAGGUUUCUUCCGAACCUGCACAGAAUCUUGAACCGAGUCACGGUCAUGUCAGCUAGAGCCCAGUAUGAGCAGACCUUUCCUGGAGAUCCUUUUGCAUGGAAGCGGCAAGCCUUCCGGGAGAUCUUGGCACGGCGACGGCAAGAAGGCUAUCAUCCUGACGGGGUCAAUCUGAUCGUUCUUGGAGAUUCACCUGCUGAGAUUCAGGCUGCCAAAUCAGCUACGAAGGUGCUGUCUGGCAGGUCUGUUGUAAAGACGGUGAAGUUCAAGGAGGCCCCGUCAGUAAACGAACUGUUGGGCCAACUGCGCCGCGUGGCCCAAGAGCUGGCAGUCAUUGUCCAAGAGGACCGAAGUCUCGGCCGCAAUUUGGUGCAGCGUAGCUUUCCGGGCAGCCUGGACCAGCUUUCCUCCUGGGCCUCCGGAUGGAGGAUCUCUGAGACGGAGUCGUGGGACAGCUAUUCCCGGAUGGCAGCGACGCUGCUAGUGGGUGCAUGA